UGGCAAGGCGCCGGCGCCGCUCUAUAAAUAGUGCGUGCAACGCCAACCGCCGGUUGCGGCUCGUGAACAAAGUAAAAGGACCAGCCAGCCAUCGUUCGUGUACGACGAGAUAGUAUUGUAGCUAACGGCGGGUCAUUCCAGCGUUUCGUGCCAUUUACCCGCGAAAAUAGACCCGUUAGUUCGGAGUAAUCGUACACCAAUCAAUUCGGCAAGUUUGCGCGUUAAACUCGUUAAGGGCGAACUGUCUCCGCACGGUGUCGCAGAGCUGUUAAAAAAAAUUAUUGCUAAAAGAGUCACGUUCAGUCGAGUUCAACUGUGUGCAGAGAUUUUUUUCUUUUUUAUUUUAAACUCCCUUUCUCUCUCUCUCUCUCUCUCUCUCUCUCUCUCUCUCUCUCUCUCUUUCUUUCUCUCUCUUUCCCUCUCUAGAGACGCUAAAAUUACACGAGCAUUAACACCGGACGAUGAGCACCGUGCACGUCGACGCGAUGGCACGCGUUACGACGUGAUAUUAUUUGCGAUCGCGUCAGCUGAUCGACAACCUAUCGAGGCAGAUCAUAGGCGCACGAGCACGUUUCAAAUCCAUAUGGGGACCUUGACGGGAAUUUGCUCGUCUGUUUGUUGGACAGAACUGACUCGCGAGAACGCUUAACAAAAAUCGUCGGUCGAGUGUUUAAUUCUUUAAUGUUUACAGUUUGAAAUGAACCGGAAGAGGCACCAAAAAAAGAUCGGCGAUUAGAAUGGCUUUAGUAAUGUUACCCUGUGACUUACCAUGGUGGCCAGCCGUGGUGAAGCAACUGGACCGAGCGGCUGCUGCCAGGAACUCGGAGGACCUUGCGGAAGCGAUGCAAAGGCUACACGACAUGUGCAAAUACGAGGAACAGUGCAUAUUGAAAAGCAUAAGUCUCGAUCCUGAGGAGGACGUGCAGGACCCCGAGUUAUUUUCCGGAUUGGCAACGUUUCUCGACAACGACCUCGACACCACUGAACGGGAUCAAAUCUUUGUAAAUACGAUACCGCGAAUGGUAGAAAGAGCAAAAGCGUUAAGAUCUUGUAAACCUCCGCAGGGUUUGCACUUUAGCCUUCAGCAGCAAGGGGAUUGCGUCGAGUACAGUUACGCCUUCAUCUCGUCUCUAAUCGCGAACGCGUUCUUCUCCACGUAUCCAAAAAGAACCGCGAAGACGCAUCCGACUCUGCGGGACUUCAAUUUCACAAAUUUCUUCAAGCAUCUUCAUCACAAUGGACAAAAGGCAAAACUGAGAAGUAUAUUUCGCUAUUAUGACUACCUCGACAACGAUAACGCGCUGGAUGGGAAAUUAAUAAUUUCCAGACAGGUAAUGGUAUCGAAACAGUGGUUAACCAUCGAGGACUGGCUAGAGAGCAAUGUUCCUUUAUGCCCACUGAUGAUACGUCACGAAGGUCGUUUAGACAGAGUGGAACCGGAAGCUAAAGUACUGCGAGUUUGCUUUGCGAGUGCGAAAUUUGGUGGCGGUGUACUUGAUGGUGAUGUUACGCAAGAAACUGUGCAUAUAGCAACGCAUCCCGAGAUGCUCGUGGCGAUAUUGUCUGUCGAGGCUUUGGAAGACAACGAAGUUUUAAUAGUCGAAGGAGUUAGGCAUAUAUCUAGAAUAAAUGAUCCUCGGAACAGAGCUAUAUUCGAACCUCUGCCAAAACCAAAUAUCGUAACGGUAUGCUGCAUUGAUCCUGAGGACUAUUCGCGACUACCUUUAUCGCAAUUCGAAGAAGAUAACAUAUUGCGAGAAAUGAAUAAAUCUCUGCUUGGAUUUCGACAAAGACACGUUCCAAGCAGCCCUACUGAUCCUGUAAAGUCAGAAUCAGACGUAGAUGUUACAGUUGGAUCUCGGAGAUUGUCACCGAUCGGAGAAAGUUUCAGUAGCACUCCUCCAGAGACAGAAGGGGAUGAUAAAAUGCUAUCAACGAAUAACGAUACCAAAGAAGCAAAGUCUGUGUCACAUGAACAGAAAUAUGAUAUUCUAUCAGAAGUUCGUAGCAAACCAAAUGGAAAAUCCGCAAGGCCACCUAGCCCUCAUAAAGUGUAUAGCGAUGCUAGUUAUACAAACAAAAGAAACCGGUUUAUCGUUCUUGGAUCCAGCGGAGAGGUUUUGCCAGUUACGCGAAAGUCACUUGGUCAAAUGUCAGUUUAUAGUAGUUGUAAUAGUCAAAGUACAGACAGUUUUCACAGUGCAAAAGAUACUAUAGAUGAAGAUUUGGAGGAGGAAGAACAGAAAUUGAGUAAACGCUACAGCGGUCAAUUGGACACCCCGGAGCGAAGAGGAACGUUUGCUCAACGUUUGAGAGAUGCAUUAAAACGGGAAACUACAGCUACUGGAGCUGCCUCGUUAAAUACUUCAUUUGGAGAGAGCAGUUACGCAGUAGGAAUAAGCGUGUCUGGAAGUCAUGUUUGCGAUCAAGACAUCAAAGUAAAGAGAGGAGGUUCAAGGGGUUUUGUUUUACGAGACGAGACUGUGGAUGAAGACUUUCUGAAGGAAUCUUUGGAAGCUGAACAAAAAUGGCUAGGUAGAUUUCGGCAGAAUCAACCUAUGCUACAAAGAAGAGACACAAGUGCUAGUAGUAGAUACAGUUUCAGCACUGAAUACAAUUCUGAGUUUUGUUCGGAACUCGAAGAAGUUUACGAACAACUGGCGAAAUGGUUAGAAGAUCCUAUAACAUCAGACGAGUCUCGUGAAUUAGAUGCGAGAGAUAGAGCAGUAGUUCGAUUCGCAGGCUCGUUGUUAAAAAGAGCUCUCAGUGAGUCGUUUGCCGGUGUUCCAGUUCAAGAGGGUGAACCACAACCUUUCAUUGAUUCUGCAGACGUAAAUCAGAGCCAUAAAUUAGCUUUGGCUGUGAGAAGUUUGAGUUUAGAACUAGCCCGUCAGAAAAAUAGGAGGCAACAAUCAGUGUCUGUGUCUGAAGACGUAGAACAUUAUGAAGAUGCUUUAAGUAAUCAUACUAUGUUGAAAGAAGUAAAGGAUAUUCAACGUAAAAAGCUUAGGACGGUAACGUUUACAUCUGAAGUUUUUCAAACGUUGGUUGAUGACGAAACUACCGUGUAUCUGUCUAAUCCUAGUUCUUUAAGUACAUCUGGAUCCGUGAAAGAGAUAAACGCAACACAAUCUUUCAAUAUCAGAAAUGACAAAAUUGCUCAACAAUUCGAAUCGAAUAUAACAUUUAACAUACCAAGAGACGGUAGUCCACAAACAGGUGGAUUAUUACCUGUUGCUACAGGCAACUGGGGAUGUGGAUCCCGUUUAAAGGGAGAUCCACAAUUGAAACUCGUUAUUCAAUGGCUUGCUGCUUCUUUGGCAGGAGUUCCAAAAUUAAUUUACUAUACUAUGGGAAAUCCCAGUUUGUCUAAGUUAGAUACUGUGAGUAGAGUUCUCAUGGAUAGACACUGGUCAGUCGGCGAUUUAGCCGCAGCAACAUUGAGAUUUGCGUUACAUAUUAUCGAAGAAAAAGCAGAAGGAAGAAAUACUCUUUUUGAGGAAAUAAUUGGUAUGGACAAACCGAGUCCUUAGCCCGAUUCAAUGCUGUCUGUUUUGGUAGACAUACUUGCUACCAUGAUCGAAGACAGCUUAUUAAAUACUUAAAGAUAAUAUCAAAACAGUACAAGAACCGAUUGCAAUUUGUGAAAGUAAAACGUAUUUCAGAAAUUAUUUGCGAGCAGCCUCGCGUUUAAAACAGAUUUUAAUAUUUUUAAUAUUUAUAUGAAUCUCCGAAAGAAAUAUGAAUUUUCGUGAUUUAAAUGUUUCAUAUCAAUAAAAUAUCAAACAAAUUCGCACAAUUUAAUGUACAAAAAUAGCAGUUGUAAAUUCUUUACUUUUUAGAAAAUAUGAUAUAUAUAUUGUACAGAUAAUUAAACAUCAUAAGUAACUAAUACAGUUAUUUGAUGAAGUCAUGGACAAAAAUCCUAAUUCAAUAGAAUUCUAGUCAUAUGGAGAAAAGUCAAUUCUGUUUUAUGUUAAUAUAAAAUCUGUAACUUAAUACAGUUACCUGCAAUAAUUAACGAGGCACAAUUUAUUAUGCUAUAUAUUUUGUACAGUACAAUAUUUAUAAGCCGUUAU